AUGUAUCCUAACAUCUCAUAUGCGCUUCUGUCGGUGGCGCUCAUUGUGCUAAGUAUGGUGCAUCUCAUCUUGCUUACCGUUCACCGUCCCAAGUCUCACUGUUCGCCUGAGAUAUCAAUCUUUGUUCUCUUUAUCUGUGUCAAUGCUGUUGUCAUUGGCAUUAGUCUAUCAGGCUUAAGGUGUGGGGAUACACCAGCAUUUUACUAUCCCUUGGGAAUAUGUACAGCAUUUCCGCUAGCCCUUGAGAUGAUUCGGCUGAGCAAAAUCCAGGCCGGACCACUUACGAACGCCCUCCUGCAUCAAUUAUUUUUAGGGUAUUGUUUUCUGUCCCCUGCAGUAAAGCUCGAGUUGAUCUUACGAUGUGCUCUUCCCCCAGUCUUGAUAGGCCUUUGCUCAUUGAGUGGACUCGUCCACGACUGGCCCCUCUGGAUCGAAAAAAUUAAAGCAGUGAUCUCAAUUUACUAUCCAGAUCUGCCGAUCUUGAGCAUGGGGAUAUUUACUCUUCAGAAUAAGGAUAUUAAAGCUAAAGGCUCGAGCACAAAUAUCUUCAGACCUUAUAUGAUAUUCUUCACUUCAUGGUCUGGUGAAGGUACAAUUGAGUACACAAACGGUUUAGACACAGCAACAAGCAAAGUAAUUCUGAGUUUGAGAGAGAUGGACAAAGAUUUGACCUCGGGCCAGCAAACCUGGGUUAAUCGAGCCAUCAAGUGCUGCUACUGCGAAGGAACUGGUUCAGCGGUCAACGGAUGCCAACAUCACCCUUUGUGCUUCUUGUUCACCGAGAGCGGCUGGGAGGGGGGAAGGAGCUCAAUUUACCUCCGAAUUCCACGGGCACAAGACAGCCAACAGCUUGUUCAACCCAUCAGCAAAGGUGGCAUUCUAGAAAUCUCACUGGUUGUUCAAUCUGCAAAGCAUUCCCAUUCCUCCAGCGAUGACUAUCCUGAUAUCCGUGGUGAUGUUUGUCGCGGCGAUGAAAAUGCACCCUUGACUUUCAUUGUUUCCAUCUCAGAGCCUGUACUUCAAGAGCGGCUGGAGUAUCUGAAGGCUCAUACUUUUCAUCUACAGCGUAUCCUUCACACAUUCUCUGAGAAUAGAGUUGAUGGACCUCUGGCAUUACCAUACGCGCUCUGUCUGGUAAAAAUUCUCCGACAACACGCAGGGCAGCAAUUGUCUGUGAAGAGAUUGGAUGAUACCAUCCAAUUCCUCUCCACACGAUUGAGAGGGCUGCUGUCAACACCUCUGUUAUAUACCGAUCGAGGUCGCAUAAGUCGUGCGUCACUUCUACUUCAACGGCAGGUGUUCCACAAGCGUCAGAACUUGCCAGGAGAUCUCUGGCAACGGAGCACUGUUUUGAGCUUCUCCAUGGAUGACAAUCUAACUGUAACAUUGUUCCUUACAAAUCAUCCCUAUUUCAAAGUACCUGAUGAGAUUUGGAAUGGUGUUAACUCCUUGGAUUCGGGUAUUGCUGAUGUGGCUGUGAUGUUUGGUGUUGGUUAA